AUGAACAAUUUACUUAAACGAUUCGAACCAUGUUUAACAGAUGUUAUUAAGUAAUAUAUACAAUAUAACAUAGGUAUCUCUAAGAACAUUAGGAUAUGAUAUUAGUUGAACGUAACCCUUAUUAAGCAGAUAGAUUGAUGAUGAUGUUAGAUAAUGAGAAAUUAGAUGCUUUGGAUAAAGAAUUUCAUGAACAUCCAAAUGGUAUUGAAUUACCAAAUUUUAUAUGGCUAAUGAAAUGUGCAAUCUCUCAUGCUCCAGAAGAUAAAUAUGAAUUAGUUAAUGGAUUAAUUAAGUUAUUUUAAGAUAUAGAUAUUAAUGGAGAUGGUCAUAUGGAAUGGGCUGAAUUCACUUAAUAUAUUAUUGAUGCAGUUAUUGGUUCCAAAGAUGCUUAACUUUAUGAUACUAGAUU